ACCUCGUAAUUUGAUUACUAUAAGCGAAAAGUGUUUGCAAUAUGUUUAAGAUGAUAUACAAAGCCAGCUUCGGCGUUGAAAUGCAAAAUCAUAGUGGAAUAUGAAGAAGAUGAAAUGUUUUGGCAUAAAACUUCAAUACUUUUGGAAUUAAUUUGUUUUUGCUUAGCGUUCGCGACGUCUGCUAGAAGCCUUCGGCUGGAAGAUCAUGAAAACAAAUGUACACAUGGUGGAAUUCUAAAUGGAGUUUUCCUUCAUGGUGGCAUACAGUCGCGGAAUGACACAAUUUUCUCAAACAUACCAAGCAUGGAGGCAUGCAUCGAGAAAUGCUGCCGAACGAGCAAGUGUGAUUUGGCAAUGAAAGUUGGCAGUGUUUGCCACGCUGUCAAUUGCCAAGAUGACGAUUCCUGUCAAAUCUCACACAAAAAGAAAGGGACAGAGCUUAGAGCAGAAAUCUCAUUCAUAACGAAAGGGGAAGUCGUCAAAGAAGUGGCUACAGCAAAAACUCGUAAACCUUCACUUGAAAAGCAGAAGGUAAACUUUCAGCAAAGCAUUAUCAACAAGAAACCAACUUUUGCAGCUCAGGGAAACACACCUAAAACCACUCCGAGGGUAACUAAAUUUGUCCCUUUAUUACAACCAGCAGUUAAACAAAAUGAUGAGCAAACAGAAGCUGCAGCUUCCGGCUCUGGAUCGGCGUCCGGAUCGCUAGAAGAGGAGGACAGAAUUUCCGGAUCAGGACUAGUAACAGAUGACAUCGAAGAAGCGCUCGGAGCUACUACUAAGGUACAUACUACGGUCAAAGAGACCGACGAAAAUAACCUGCUUGGAUUAGGACCAAGCAUUGAUACGGAUAAUGCUUCACCUGAAGCGACACUUGCAAAAUUGCCAUCUGCUAGCAGGUCUGCUAUUCCUACUCCUUCAAAGCAAGGACAGUUUGGCACCAAUCUGGUGCAAUCAUUGAAAAGCUACUCAUUUAUGGAAGAAGACCAGGACAACGAGGACAGAGAUAACAAAAGCGAAGAAUCGCUGGGCCAGGACGAUCAUGAAGACAAGGAUGAAAAUAAUGAUGAAAAGUUGAAAGCUAAAACAAGCAUUGAAUAUAAAGCGAAUGGAAAAGCUACUAAUGCUGAUAAAGACGAAAAACAGGACAGCAUGCUAAUGUCAUUUAAAAAAGGCAAACUAGAUAAAAUUCAGAAAACAGAGGAGAUUCUGAAGGAAAAUGACGAUGUAAAAUACAUCAAUAAUGAAAAUUUGAAACAUGACACGGCAAACACUAUAUUAAAUGACUUGAAAAAUGCUGUUUCGGACACGGUAGAGCUUGACAAGUCUAAAAAAGGGCAAGGCAAAACAACUGUAGAAAAACCUAAUUCUCGCAGUGGUAGCAACAAAGUGAGGACGGGUAAAAAUGCUAGCUUGGCAUUGAUCAGUAAUUCUGAGAAUGGCCACGGAAAUGCAAAUGACGAGACGGAUUUAGGCUCGGGCUUGAUAAAAACAAGAAAGCAAUCUGUUGAAGUUGUAGGCUCUGAUACAGAAAACGCUGAGGGAACAGAUGAGACAGUGAAAAAGACAUUGCGAAAUACCAAUACUUUAAAAGAUUACAAUAGUGUUACAAGAGGGACAAUAAGUGGGCUAAGAAAUAAGGCAUCACUUAAAAAUGUAAAUGUAGCUAAAAAGGCAAACACAGUUGAAAGAAGGUCGAAAAGUGGAAAGUUUUCUGUAAGAGGCACAAAAAGUUCAGUGCUUAAGAAGAAAGAGCAAGUCACACCGUUACAGAAGCAGCUGUCAACAUUGUUUUCUAAGAAUGCAAAAAACUUCAUGCCCAUUGCAAGAUCAUUGAAAAAGCCUAGCAAAAAAUCAGAAUUUGAAAAGAUACAGCGAUUGCAGCGACAAAGAGACCGAAAUAGGCACCAUGGAAAGGGCCAGAAUUCGCUAUCUCUCUUGUACGCAAAGAAGUCUGAGAGGGACAAAGUAAAAUUUGUAAUUCACAGAUUUAAUGAAUGGCAUGGCUGGAAGAGAGACCAGCUAUUAAAUGUUCCAAGAGAAAAUACUAAGUGCAGAAGAGGCGUGACGAUCCGAGGUGCAACUCUUCGUGGGGGGAUUUUGGCAGGGGAUUUCAAGACUGUUGGCAUAGUCAGCAACCAACACGCAUGCGUGAAUUCUUGCUGCAGGAACAGACGCUGUGACGUAGCACUUAUGCUUGGGAAGGAGUGCUUUAAUGUGAAAUGCUACAGCACCAGCCUGUGUGGCAUUGCACCUGCGACGGCAAUUUUCGACGAAGUUACUCCAGUUUUAACAUACGUUCGUGGCCAUAUAAGCAAAAGAUCUGCAGACAUUCAAGAAGAAAAUGACUCUAUACCAGAAGAGGCCGCAGAAAACCUUCAGCUUCUAAGAUGGUUGAAGAUAUUUAUAUAGUCAGAAAAAUGAGGAAUGACAAAGAAAAGGUGUACUGGACUUAAAGGCGAUGACCAGAGUCAUAGGCAAAGAACAAACGACUAAAAGACUAUAUUGAUGAUAGCUCAAAUGUGGAAGGGUGUAAAAUGUGUAGCAGCUCCAGGAGGAAGGACAUUUAAAAUGGAUGCCUUGAAAAAAGAAGAGCAAAAACAGAAAAAAGAUAGCGGCCUGUCCACUACACCACGAUACUGAAUAAUCUGUAAUCUUAAAUGCAACAUGCAGGACUAGAAUCACAUUAACGUAUUAUGCAUCAGGGAAAUGUAGCAUGGAGGAGUCGUUUUGGUCUACUGGUAUUGGCAGACCAGGUUUAUUGUCGACAUUCUACAAGGGGGAGGAUCUCUCAGUCAGCUGCAAAGCAAUUAACUGACCCCCAUUCAGUGCCACAAAGCGGUUUGUAGGCAACUCUACAGAAAAAGCUCAUACGGAACUUUGAUGCCUUGAAUAUAGCGAACACUAUGAUGCAAGAACACGUAAACGUUGACGACGACUACCUCGUUGACUAUAUAUAUUGAAAUUUUGGGAUAAAUAUAAUUAAUAUCAAAGGAUUCAGAGAUGUUGUUUUUGAA